GGCGACGACCGGAUUGAGGCGGCGUCAUCUUCUAGGGUCACUCUGGCACAGACGCAACACACGCAGGGCGGGGAUUGCGGUGUGACCAACCGCCUCUUCCGACAAAACGAGGAGAACCGACGAUCGGAUGCCUCCAGCUGGCAGGCAGCCGCAAGAAAAAGGCACCGCAGUAGUGCGAUUUCAGGAAUUGUGUGACAGGUAGUUUUCGGUUUCUCGCGGUCUCCGCGGAAUGCAGUGCAGUGUAUUAUAGUAGGUGACCGAGCUUCUCAGCGCUGGAGGCUUAUUUGCCAGUGAGGAAAGGAUAGGCGGUGCUAGCUAUAAGGGAGCCCAAUCAUCACAAACGAAGAACGGUCCCGAAAGUCGAAUCGCAGGCCCAUUUCGAAGUGUUUUAUAUAGCCAAGCUUUGUCGCAAGAGAAAAGACAGUAACUCCGGAGAUGCGGGGUAUGCGAGCGCUUCUGCCGCUUCGUCGGCGACGUUCUUUCUGCUGUUCGCAUCCGCGGGACGGGCUCGACUUCUCGGACCACAGCAUGGCGUACCAGCACAAGAGCCUCUGGGAACUGGUUAGGGCUCUGGGCGUGCUCAAGGUGUGCUCGUACGACUGGCUAGUGGACAACAGCCAAUGGCUCCUCACCACGGGUGAGCGGGUGCUAGGCCGCAACCUCAUGGGUGCCCUGGUGGGCCCCACCUUCUACCGGCAGUUCGUGGGUGGAGCCACUGCGCAGGAGAUGCGCGCCUGCGUGGAUCGGCUGGACGCUGCUCGGGUGCGCACCAUGGUGGCCUGCUCUCUCGAAGACGACGAAGACAGCGGACAGAGGAGUGCAGCAGACGCCGCGUCGGCCUCGCAAAGGCGUGUGGCGAUGUACGGGCGCAACGGCGAGGCCGUGCUAUCGUGCCUGCGUAUGACGUCAGAGCUGAGCUCAGAGUCGCCGAUGAUGCAGGUCAAGAUAAGCGGACUGCUGCCGCCCCACCUGCUGGUGCACUUGACUCGGAUCUUCAAUUCCACAGAGAAACCGGAACUAGUCAUAGGUUGCCUGGGAGACGCCGCUUCGCAGCGAUACUGCGAGUACUCCGACAUGCAACUGGAGAGCAGUGAUCACAGGUUUCUGGAGAUGGCGCUGAAGAACCUUCGCAAAGUGUGCCAGUGGUGCAGGGUGCCGGACCGGGUGACAAAACGCUGCACUGAACUCUCGCAGACUGCUAAGGACGCCGGAUUGACGAUUCUGGUGGACGCGGAGUACGCGAACAUGAACGGAGGAAUCGAGCUUUUGGGUCUCGCUCUCAUGGUCGCCUUCAACGAGCGCGCACCGCUUGUGUGGAACACGUACCAGUGCUACCUGACGGACACUCCCGACAAGGUUGGACGUCACCUGUGCCUAGCCACUCGCAUGGGCGCCUCGUUCGGCGUCAAACUGGUACGCGGUGCUUACAUGGACGGUGAGCGCAGAAAGGCCAGGGAGUGUUGCGAGGUCGACGCUGUCUGUAGCAGCUAUCGGAAGACCAACGAGAACUACGACCGGGUGCUGUGCUACCUCCUCGAACACAUACGCAGUUCGGAGAGGGAGUGCCGCCUGGUGGUAGCGACACACAACGAGGACAGCAUACGUACGGCAACCAGACGGAUGCAGGAGCUGGGUCUGGCUGUUAACGACAAGAGGGUCAGCUUUGGACAGCUGUUGGGCAUGUACGAUCACAUCACCUUCCCUUUAGGUAGGUCAUGA